AAUUCAAUAUGGACAUGAUAUGUAAGCUCAUUAAUGAGAGCCUGCGCUUGGCAAUGCUUCACAAAAUCCCCAAUUGAUAGUGCAUGAAAUAUUGCUAUGUAUCACUCUCAUGAUAUGGAGGCUUUCUAAGGGACGUUUGUGGGAAGGAGCUAAAAAUAUAUAUCGAUAACUUGUCAGAAGUUUUCAGAGUUAUGGUAUGCUCUUUACCGCUGCCUUGUCCUCCGGAGUCAUGUCACAUUUUCAACUGCCAUAGAUGCAGGGCAGUUAAUUCCCCUCUGGCGUCAGCCUCAGAGAUUUUCGCCGACUCCCAUACCAGAGAGUAACUACAUGGAGUAGUACCAUCGAAGCCGCGUUGUGGCAUGCCCAAUAGCUCACAAGCCCUCCGGAGAGGUUUCAGCGCCAGAUCAUGCUAUCCCAGCCGUGAAUCAAAAGGAGCGGUGUUUUCCUUUUAGCCUAAUUAUUUCUUCCACCAAACAUACUAGAACUUUCUCGGAGUUCACACUUCACCUUGCCAUCUACACAAUGAGCAUGCUUCAGGGACAAAGGUCUCCUGGUGGCCAGAAACCCCCUGAAAGCAAACAUUGUCUCGAUGUCUGCUGGGUUUCUGAUUGCAGUUCCUUUGUCCGGAUAAACAUAAAUAUCUGCAUCGUGAAGUCCAUUGCAGGCUGGGCGGAAGCAAGGAAGAUAGCAAGCGUUUCUUGGCUUUUAUUUUCUUGUCUUCUCUUCUCCUCUUUUCUCCUCCCCUUCUCACAGGGAGGGGUUGCGGGUAUGGAACCAAUCAAAGCCAUGGUUUGCUGGUGCCCUGGUGGGGACUCGGUGGGCAAGCCAGAGGGUAAGUAGACCGUGAUCCACGAGCCCUUGAAA